CUUUGAAGGCGGGGACGGCGGGAGUUUUCGUUCCUGGCCUGGAUAAGAAAGAAGCGAGUACGUCCAGGUCCCUAUUAGUCUUCCUGGACAACCUCAUAGGAAGGCGCCUGAGAGUCUGCGGAGGUGAUGGAGCUGAACAAUACUUGGUGUCAAGACGGCGAGUCCAAAGCAGGUGUUUUAGCUCACUUGGAAAGACUGGAGGCUCAAAUGAAGAAAUCUGAAGAGCUGCAGAGAGCUCAGGCAGGGGGGAAUGCUCUUGGAAAGAAGAUUCAUGAACUGAGGCAUCUGCGAGAUAAGCUGAGGGCUGAAGUGAGUCGACGUCAAGCCAGAGUGAAAGCAUCUUCUGUUUGUCCUGAACAAACAGUGGAGAUCACUGAGCAGGUUUUAGAAAGACAACGGGAAAACAUGAAAGCCAUCCUACAGGCAUACCGCUUUACAGGGCUCAGUGGAAAGCUGACCAGCCGCGGAGUCUGUGUGUGCAUCAGCACUGCCUUUGAGGGGAACCUACUGGAUUCCUACUUUGUGGACCUUGUCAUAGAGAAGCCACUCUGGAUACAUCACCAUUCCAUCCCAGCCUUCAUUCCUUUAGAAAGGAUAGCUGCAGAGCACCUACAGACUGAUGUUCAGCGCUUCCUCUUCAGCCUCUGCGAGCACCUGAACGCUUAUUCUGGGAGGAAGUACCAAGCAGAUCGACUUCAGAGCGACUUUGCAACCUUCCUGACUGGGCCCUUGCAGAGAAACUCCCUGUGCAACCUGCUGUCAUUUACUUACAAAGUAGAACUGGGUAGUCAUUCCUUCCCGUUUUGUACCAGACUGCUGUAUAAGGACCUCACAAAAACUCUUCCAACUGAUGUCACUGUUACUUACCAAGGGAUGAAAGCAUUACCUGCUUUGUGGGAAGAACACCGGGCAUCCCAUGAAGCACUGUUCUGUACAAAGCCCGUGCAUCAAGUGUUUGCUUCAUUUGCAAGAGAAGGAGAAAAGCUGGAUUUGAGCCCGGUAUCCUAAAAUAUGGUUUCCAUUGGGAACAUUUCUGAAGUGAGUGAACUAGCACUACCCACAGCCCCAGGCAAGAAUGGAACUGAAGGCUGCAGAAAGGCUCGCCUCCUUACCUGGGACUAUCCUUUCCAUGAGAACAGACAUCUGCUUCAUCAGGAUGACAAGGAACAAGUUUGAGUCCGUGGACAUUGGCAUUUUUGGCAAUUCUCCAUGAUUGCCUGGUUACUUGUUACAAUGCUAAAGAUCACAGUAUCUGAGGUAUUGAUUGAUUUGAUCAUAUGUUUUAGCUGAAAGUUAGAAUGGUUUAUGGCAUAAUAGAAGACAUUUUGUGAAAGGCUAAAGAAUAUUUCUAGGUUCUAUGGAAACUGAGUGAUUCUGCCUACAAGAUGCCCUCAUGAUGUGAGGUAGAUCAUAUGGUUAAAAAGGGAAAUGUGUUUACCUUUGGUUUGGCGCAGUGUAUUCUAGGCCACUGUUUCAUAGGGAAUAUGGUGUGAGAAGUGACUGGAUGAUAAUCAGGGUUCUGUGUGUCUAAUAUUUUGUUUCCUAAAACAUUUUUGUGGAGAGUUGAAUGAAUGCAGUCACUUUGAGAAAGUGCAGCUGGAAAUCUGCCCAUAAACUCAGUCACCAUUGCAAAGGGAAGCAGCCUUCCCUCUGCUUAUCUCCUCCUCCUGCAAGUUCCAGACCCUGAGUGUGCAGUCUUCCUCCCUGUCUGUCAGGCCGUUCAGUGUUUCUUUUCUCCUUGUAAGCACGGGUGGGCCUCUGAUGUGCUGGCACUUACUGUUCUUGACUUUGGGCCAGCUAACAGCUGUGAAGACCUGUCUGGCUGGUCACGUUCUCCCACUACUGGUCACGUCUCUCCUUUGCCCAGUAGGAGACAGGAGCUUUACUGCCUGAGGCCCAGAGCUGCAUUCAGCUUCCCUCUGAAGUGGGCAUUUCCCAGACCUUGAUCGUGAGGACCUCCACAUAUGGGAGCUCCAGCCAACUCCGAGAGGACUGUAGGGGACAGGAAGCCAGUUUGGGCUGCCCUCAGUAGAAAGCCACUUAGAAUAAAAGAGAUGUCUCAGUUCAAGUUAUUUCUGGGCACGUGAUGGGGGCCAUUGGUGUGAGUCGGCAAAGCACUCAGUC